AAAUCUGGGAACGUGUGCAGGGAGCAUUUGUUAUUGGAAAUGAAAGCAAAAGAGUUGUAAUGCAAUCAGCUGCUGCAAGAUGGAGAGAAUUCAAGUCUCGUCUGACAAAGGUAUACAUUGUGCCUUACUUGGAUCAGCCAGAAAUGCUGAAGUAUCCUCCACAAGACUACAAGUUCAUCAAUGCAGAUCAUUGGACCCAAUUUGUGACUGAGCGGACUAAGCCGGCAUUUCUUGAAUUACGUAAGACUCAACAGGCACGCCGCAGGAUGAACAAGUAUCCCCACCGACUGUCCCGCAAAGGCUACGUUGGGCUGGUGGCAGAGUUGAAGGCAAAAGCCGAGCUGGCACAAGCUGAGCCGGAAGAGGCUUCAACAAUAACGGAUGAAGAUGAGCUGUACGACAGGUGUGAGACAUGGGUUGCUGCACGUGUUACAAAGGAUGGCAAAUUUGCAGAUGAAGAAACACAGAAGAAGGCUGAAGAGAUAAUUGAGUUGAAGGAGAAGGUUUCUACUAGAGAAACUAGCCUAAUGGGUAUAAUGAUGUCUUGGAGAAGGCUUUGGGGAAGGAGCAUGGUGGCAGAGUGCGAGGGGUUGCCGGCUUUGUCAACCCAACAACCUACUUUCACCUCCCUAGAUGUACCAGCAGACAAAGCAUAG